GCUGGCAAAGUGAGCUGGCUGUCCAUUAUGAUGCAAUAAAAAAGGUAAAAAGUCAGAGGCUUAUGCAUUCAUUAUCUCUUCAACUGUGAAAUUCAUUUCGCCAUUUAAUAGCAUUUUGAGUUGAUAAUUUCUGUGGCAUUUAAUUCUACCUGCCGAGAACAAGGCCAACCAGAGGUAGCCACAUAAAGAAAAUCUGCAGAAGUUUGAAGGGGAAUUGUGAGUGUGCAAUUUUCUGAAUUUUCUGUCUGCCACACAAUGGCUUUGGUCGGUGGUGCAGCAGCAGAAGCAGCAGCUCUUAAGAAACUCAAAAUCUUGCUCUUUAUUAUUCUUUGGAUCAACACACUUACUCUCUCUCAAGCUUAUGAACAUUCAGGACAGUAUCGAUACCCUUUCAUAAGACCAGCAAGCUCAUUCUCCCAACGGCCGUCCGCGGCCGAGUCCCCUUCAUGGAGAGGCGCAAGCAAGAAAUAUGACUACAUAAUCAUUGGCGGUGGUACAGCCGGUUGCCCACUCGCGGCCACCCUAGCGCGAAACUUCAGCGUACUAUUACUCGAAAGAGGGGGAACCCCUUUUGCCAAUGCAAAUGUAUCAUUUUUGCAGAAUUUUCACAUUUCCUUAGCCGAUACUUCACCAACCUCUGCAUCACAGCUAUUUAUUUCUACCGAUGGAGUUUUCAAUUCUAGGGCUAGAAUCUUGGGUGGAGGUACCUCCAUCAAUGCAGGAUUUUACACCAGAGCAAGCGCAAGGUACAUUAAGAGAGUGGGGUGGGAUGCAAAACUGGUGAAUGAGUCAUAUCCAUGGGUUGAGAAGCAAGUUGUGUAUAGGCCAGAGCUUGUUCCAUGGCAGAGAGCAGUUAGGGACAGCCUUAUAGAAGUUGGAAUCUCACCUUUCAAUGGAUUCACCUAUGAUCAUGUAUAUGGAACCAAAAUUGGUGGAACUAUUUUCGACAGGUUCGGCCGGCGUCACACUGCUGCUGAGCUUCUCGCCUCUGCAAAUCCCGAUAAUCUCAAUGUUUUAGUACAUGCAACAGUCCAAAAGAUUGUGUUCAAGAAAACAGGUAAAAGACCACGGGCAGUAGGAGUCGUGUUCAAGGACGAAAGUGGGAAGCAACACAAAGCAUUUCUUUCUGAGAGGUCGAGGAGUGAAAUUAUUGUGUCAUCUGGAGCAAUUGGGAGCCCUCAACUGCUGCUUCUUAGUGGGAUUGGCCCGAAGGCAGAUCUUGAAAAAUUGAACAUAUCUGUGGUUCUUGACAAUGAAUUUGUUGGAAAGGGCAUGGUUGAUAACCCUCUCAACACAAUCUAUAUCCCAACUAAGAGGCAUAUCAAGCAGUCUUUAAUACAAAUUGUGGGAAUUACUAAGUUGGGUGUGUACAUUGAAGCUAGCAGUGGAUUUGGACAGUCCAUGGAUAGCAUUCAUUGGAACAAUGGAAUUGUUUCUGCUAAGAUAGGGCAGCUACGGACCAUUCCUUCAAAGCGAAGAUCACAUGAAGUGAUUCAAGAAUACGUAAAAAGAAAGAGAAACAUUCCACAUGAAGCAUUUCAGGGAGGUUUCAUUCUAGAGAAGAUAGCUUCGCCCCUGUCAAAAGGCCAACUCACCCUGCUCAACACAAAUGUAGACGAUAACCCAUCGGUCACCUUCAACUACUUCAACCACCCGAAUGAUUUAGCACGAUGUGUGGAUGGUAUACGCCUUGUUGAGAAGAUUUUGAAGUCUGAACACUUUGUAAAGUACAUGCAGUGUGACAAGGAAACAGUUGAAAAGAUACUAAACAUGAGUGUUCAUGCCAAUGUUAAUCUGAUACCUAAGCAUACCAACGACACAAAAUCCCUUGAGCAGUUUUGUAAAGACACGGUAAUUACAAUUUGGCACUACCAUGGAGGCUGCCAUGUGGGCAAGGUGGUGAGUCCGGAUUAUAAGGUACUCGGGGUCAAAAGACUUCGUGUUAUUGAUGGCUCAACUUUCGCUGGCUCCCCUGGAACUAAUCCUCAAGCUACUGUGAUGAUGAUAGGCCGGUACAUGGGAGUGAAGAUAUUGAGAGAAAGAUUAGGGAGAGCAGCGGGAAUAUAAAGACAAGCAUCAAGUAGAGAAGUAGACAAUGUUCAAUUUAUUGUGUAUGUUUUCUAGAAAAUGUGAUUUUUGUCAUUCUGAUUUAUUUUAUGAUAGAGAGAGGCAGGGCUUAGAAUUUUAGGAGUAGAUAUCCUGUGGCGUUAUUUAAUGUAUGAUUGCAUCCUAGACUUGUGUUUCAUUUGUAAUGCUAUGUUGAUGCAUGUGUCCAUUAGUUGCCUGACGUUGGACUUUCCAUGGUGAAAUCUGUUAGAAUAUUAUAGAUUGUAU